AUGAAAGCUCCUUUAAAAAAGACAAAGGAGGAAAGAGGCUACUACAGCUGCGUAGAUUUCGAAAAUUUAUAUAACAAAAAAAAGAAAAGCAAAUCAAAAUACUCGACAUAUAGAAAAAAAAAUUACAGCGAUAAUGAACUGUUUGAAAGGAAGAAAAUACAAAUUAAAAAGAAAAAUGGAUGCAUGUACGUACAUAAACACUACAUCCCAAGCAAGAAGGACAAUGAUAGGCUGUACCUCUUUGACAAGAUAACUAUUUAUAAAAAUCACUUUGACAAAUAUGAAGAAAAGAAUGAUGAAAAGUUGUCCAAUUUAAAGAAAAUACUGAAGAUAUAUGAAAACGUAACAACCGACGAAAAGAAGAAGCUGUACGAAUUGAUAAAGUUUUUCUCCUUCACACAAGGAGGAUUUCAAAAUGACAAACUGAGACAGAAGUUGUGGCUACUCCUACUUGGAUUUAACAUUAAUUUGUCGAAGGAAAAAAAUUAUAAUGAUCACCCGAUAUCUAUCCUUUGUAUGAAACAUAAGAACAAGUUUAAAUUUGUCAAUUCGGUCAAGCACUUUAAAUUAAAAUGGAUACAGGAGGAGGACGGGACGGGUAAUUGGCGCCCACGUGCAUGUGCCAAAGAUCAUUUACGACACAAAGGAAAGACUACUCCAAAUGCACAGAGUCAAAAUAAUAUUUACUAUUAUGAUAAUUUUUCGUGCCCUCGGAAGAAGGAAUUUGUUUUCACCUACCGGGUAAAUGAUGAGGGAGGAAGCGAUGGUCCCCCUUCGGUUGACCAAGGGGAACGGCCACCCUCUGCCACAGGUGCCCCACUGGAGGGGCGCCUUUCAAUGAGAAAAACCAAAUCAAAUGAGAAGAAAGAAAGCCAAUGCGGAAACAAAGUAUUUUCACAUGAUGGCCAUUCGCGUUACCGUAAAAGUACACGCGCGAAGAGGAGGUUCUACCAGAAGGAAAAGAACGAGAAGUGUCACAAUGCAAAUCCGUCAGCAUCGCGGAAACGCCGAAGUUGCUCAUCAAGGACAUCCUCAACGCCAUCCUGCAAGACGGAACUGUUAUGUAUCCCUGCCUUGGAAGCAGUAGACCAGUGCGCAUCCGAGAAUUCUCUCUACAUAUCGGACAGUUUUAUUUCCUCAACAAGAUCCUUGACAGCAUCAUCCGUGUUAUCCUUCACCUCGAACUCUUCAGAUGACAUGGGCAUUGUGAGGAGCGAGUCGAGAAGUAAGAAUAAGGGGCGCUAUCCCCCCCUGCAUUUAUUCAGUAGCUCCUACUCGAUUGACGGUAUACGGGAGGAAUGCAAGGAGACUAAAGCACAUAGAAGGAAAUCAUUCAUUAAAAGGGGAAGUAUAGCUAAAAGUAAUAUUUCCCCAAGGAUGGUACAACCGAAGGACUCCUUCACCUUUUUCUCUGAAGAGAAAUACGCCAAAAAAAAAAAAAAAAGAAUUGUCAAGCAUGAUAUAGAGAAAAAGGCAAAAAGAUGUAUACAAAAGAAGACGAAAAAAAUCAUUCAUUUUCUGCUGAAUAUUGAUAAGGAGAAAAAUAAUUAUGAUAAAACAAAAAACAUAAAAUUUAUUAUAAAAUUGUAUAAGGUCAUUUAUAAAAACAUGUUGGAGGUUGACCUCUACAUAGUGGAUUAUAUCCUUCGAAAAAAUCAAAAAAGAGAAGAAAGCAAUAUUUUGUCCUACUUAAAAUAUAACAUUGAAAAUAACUACAACUUUAAUUCAAACCUUAACAAGUGGAUUAUUGACAGUGUCCUCCUUGACGAAAAUGAAAGAGUACAAGUGAAGAAAGACGUUAAAAGAAGUGUAAACACAUGGAACAUACACAAGUACAAUAUAUACGAAAUAAAAAAAAAAUAUCAAUAUAUUUUAAAAAAUGUCAUCUGUAGUAUUUUGUAUAAACACUCGAACAAAAUUUAUUACGCACAAGGGGUACACGACGUUUGUCUUGUUUUCGUUACUUUAUAUUUCCAUAACUUUUUGAGGAGAUAUAAAAAGUACGUCUUCUUGGAGCACUUCAUAUCCAAGUUUGUUGUAAACAAAAUUUGUGAUUCAAUUUUUUCAAAAUUGACAAGUCAGUAUAAUGGGCAUCAUCCCCCGGAUGGAUCUACCAGUGGAGUUUUUUCAUCAGAGGAGGGGUGGAACAUCUCUUCCCACAUUUCAUAUAAUGAAGAAGAUAGUGAGACAAAUAGAGAGUUAUCUCCCCCGAAGCGGAAGGAAGCAAUCAUCAGGGGAGACAUCUUCCAAAAUAAUAUUUUUGACAUGUUCCUCAUGGAGGAAAAGUACAUCGAAAAAAUAUGCCUGUUAAAUAAUAUUAACCUGGAUAGAUACAUAAAGUAUAAAAAGAAGAAGAAAAAAAAAGAGUACAUCGUUUACCUCCUAUGUGAACGUUUCCUCCUUUUUUAUAUGAUUGAUUAUUUGACCUUAUCGUUGGACGUGUCGAUUAACAACACCUUCAAAAGCAUCGGCUUGCUCCUCAAAUACAUGGACAAGGAUGUGUACAACGUGUUUUGUCUUCUACAAAAGGAGCAACAGUAUGAAAAUAUGAAAUAUGUGAAUCGAAGUAACAGGGGCAGUGUGGUGGGUCCAUCCCACAACAACGAGGAAGGAGGCGCCAACAAAGGGGAAAAGGCUCAGAUUAACUCCAAAAAUGAUACUAACCAAUUGGACAGUAAGAGGAACUCCCUCAAGCUAAGUGGCACAGAGUUCUUCUUUUGCCUAAGUUGGGUCGUAACAUACUACUCUCACGUGUUCACAGAGUUUGAGAAGCUAGCCAGGAUUUUCGACACACUUCUCUCAAACGAUGGCAUCUUUAUAAUCUAUUUCACGAGCUCUAUCAUUUUGCACAAGAAGGAAGAACUCAUACAGAUAGCCAACAAGAAGAAGAAGGACAUGCUGUACAAUAAUAUGUACACAGAAACGCACUACAUUUUUCAAAAUAUGAAAUGGGAGGAUAUGAAUGUAGACAACAUAAUUAAAAAAUCUUACUACUACAUGAAUUAUAAAAUCCCACAGCAUAUCUUUUUGGAGAAGAUAAAAAAGGAAAUAUCCUUCCCUCCCUUUUCCCCCAUCUAUAGCUACCCUUUCAUUUUGCACUACUUCCACUAUCAAAAGGAGCGGGAAGAGUUGCGCAACAAGUCGGUAGAGAAGUCCAUUCGAAGCUUUUACACGUACAGCAAGGUGUCGGGCGGGAAUGAGCAGCAAGAUGAGCGGCAGCAAGAUGAGCAGCAGCAAGAUGUACAACCGGAAUUGCCCGAUCAGCCGCAGGGAGAGGACACCUCCGCGAACGCCUGCUGCCUGAACGUUCCCCCUAGCAAGAUGAGAACCUACGACGAAUAUAUUCACGACCUGUUGGAUAAGCAGAGCGGGGGUAACUCCAAGGAAAAGAGGAAGAGCACAUUAUGGAGGGGAGAGAAAUACAGCAAAGACGACAACAACAUCUACCUGCACUACCCCUAUUCAAUUCUUAGUAACCACUUAGAAAUGAAUAAAGAAAUUAUAAAAAAGCACCUGCUCGUGGAGGACUUCUUCCAAUACGUAUUCUACGACUUCAUCGUAAGCUACAAGCACAUCUGCAACAAGCACAGGAUGAAGUCAAAAAAAAAAUGCUACAUCAUUCAGUACAUCAAAGUAAAGGGUAGAAAGGAACACCUAUUGAUAAAGAGAAAAAAAAAAAAAAAAAAAAAAAAGUAUGAAAAAAUCUUGCACAGAAUGGCAAAACAUGUUAUGUUUUUAUAUCUACACAAAUGUAGAGAGAAAAAAAAAAACAAAAAAUAUAUUUACAUGAAUUUUGUCACCAAGGGAAAAAAACACACAUCUCUCUCCUUUCAAAAUUUGGCGCAUCACAAACGUAAUCAAAAAACAAUAGCCAUCAUCCCCCCCAUUUAUAAAUACAUUGUUCAGGAUAGCCUCGUUAUGGAGAACUUGGGCCUAUCCACCAAAAAAAACAAGUUCAAUAAAACGGCAGAAAAAGACAGCUUCCAGAAGCAGCAGAAGCGCCUGCCGUACAUCUACUACCUGCUUCGAAACUCCAUUAACGGCUCACCCUAUCUGAAUUUCUUUCUGUUUUUUUUUGUGGUAUCCCUGUUCUCCUCUUUGUUGUACUACCAUCGAUGA